AAUGCCGAAGAUGAUGAACAGAAUCAUGUUGAUUCAGUAACACAUGAGGAUGAAGAUACGAAACCAACGAGAACCGUCAGGAAAUCUCCGAGGCUUCAGAACACUGCAGGUGGUAGGAGGAGUGGGCUGAGGAGAAGCACCAGGCCGACCAAACCGACCAGCAGAUACCAAGCCUCCAACAUGUUCGACGGCAUCGGCACCAACGCGACCAGGUCUGUCCUGAAGAGGAUGGACAACAUGAAGAAGAAGAGGCGGCUCAGUAACAACAAAGAGGGAAAGAUCUACUCUAAAGCCCAGAGAAGGAGAACACCAGUACCACCACAGAGAGAGCUCAAUGACGGCGAGGAAAAAAAUGUCGAUGAAGAGGACAGCAGGCAGGAAGUGGCUGCAGAUGAAGACAGCAACUGCAGCGUUAACCAGAACUUUGAUGCCAAAUUGAGCAGAGCCUCUUCGCUCUACCAGGGACCCAGCAGUGAAUUCCCGAGAGGAACCUUCAGGAUCAGUGCCUCUGGACCAAACACAACCCGCAGAGGAGCAUUCAGACCCACUAAGAGUGCAUGGUCGAAUCACUCUGAUGAAGACAACGACUCUGAUGAUGAAGAGCGAAACAGCAAAAAAGCCUCUGGCAGCUGUCGGCCGCUGGGCCUGCGUACAGAGGAUCUUCUGGGGACUCGCAGAGACAAAAUGAACGCAGGAGCAGGUCUGGCAGACAUCGAUCCCAUGGCCAUCGACCAAUCGGUGGGAUUUGACAGCAUCGGGGGUCUGUCGGGCCACAUCUCGGCUCUGAAGGAGAUGGUCGUCUUCCCGCUUCUCUACCCCGAGGUCUUUGACAAUUUCAAGAUCCAGCCUCCCAGAGGUUGUCUGUUUUACGGUCCUCCUGGGACGGGGAAAACGCUGGUUGCCCGGGCGCUGGCCAACGAGUGUAGCCACGGCAACAGAAAGGUGGCCUUCUUCAUGAGGAAGGGAGCCGACUGCCUCAGCAAGUGGGUGGGCGAGUCGGAGCGUCAGCUGCGGCUGCUGUUUGAGCAGGCGUAUCAGAUGCGUCCGUCCAUCAUCUUCUUCGAUGAGAUUGAUGGCCUGGCUCCGGUCCGAUCCAGCAGACAGGAUCAGAUACACAGCUCCAUCGUGUCGACGCUCCUGGCUCUGAUGGACGGUUUGGACAGUCGAGGUGAAGUUGUGGUGAUCGGAGCAACAAACCGGCUGGACUCCAUUGAUCCAGCGCUGCGACGGCCCGGACGCUUUGACAGGGAGUUCCUCUUUGGCCUUCCGGACAGAGAGUCUCGUAAAGAGAUUCUGAAUAUCCACACCAGGCAGUGGAAACCUCCUCCAUCUGAAGAUUUUCUGGACGAACUAGCUGAGAAAUGUGUCGGUUACUGUGGUGCUGACAUCAGGGCGGUGUGCACCGAGGCGGCGCUGUGCGCUCUGCGUCGCCGCUACCCGCAGAUCUACGGCACCUCCCAGAAGCUUCUGCUGGACGUUUCUUCCAUCGCCGUCAGCUGCUGCGACUUUGUGGCGGCCAUGAGGAAGAUGUCACCGGCCUCACAGCGUUCCGCUGCUUCGCCAGCCAAACCCCUGUCACCUGUGGUUCACCCGCUGCUGGGCGCCGCCCUGCGGGACAUCCUGGACGCGCUGCAGAGGCUGUUUCCUCACGCUGAGCAGGGCAUGAAGAGGAAGAGGGAGCCAGACCUGACCUCUGGUAUCCUUGACGACGGCCUGAUGUACGGAGGAGACGAGGGCUCCAGCACAUCCAGCAUCUCCACACCCUCCACCACCAAGAGCAGAAACUUCCUGCACUUUGCCAGGAGUGCAGUGAAACAACCGACGUCUCACCGUCCCAGGGUGCUCCUGGCAGGACGCCCCGGUGCCGGUCAAACCUCUCACCUGGCUCCUGCAGUUCUGCACGCUUUGGAGCGUUUCACCGUCCACAGCCUGGACUCUGCGUUGCUGUUUGGAGUCAGCAGCACCUCACCAGAAGAAGCCUGCGCCCAGGUGUUCUGUGAGGCCAAGCGGACAUCUCCCAGCAUCCUCUACAUCCCCCACAUCCAGCAGUGGUGGGAGACUGCAGGGCCCCCGCUAAGGGCCUCUUUUCUCAGCCUGCUGGGCAGCAUACCCUCCUUCUCCCCCAUCCUGCUCCUCGCCACCUGCAACGUCCCCCACCCACAGCUGGACCCAGAGAUUCAGUCCCUGUUUCGGGAGGAGUACGGGGAGGUUUACACCAUCAGUGUUCCCACCCAGCAAGAGAGGACCGACUUCUUCCAGGACCUCAUUCUGAGCCAGGCUGCUGAGGCUCCGCCCUCCAAGAAAAAAGCUCUGACUCAGCCCACGGAGAUCCUCCCCCUGGCUCCCCUACCUCCCCCUCGCCAGCUGUCGGAGCAGGAGCGCCUCCAUCUGGAGGAGCAGGAGGAGGACGUGCUGCGAGAGCUCCGCCUCUUCCUGCGUAACGUCACCGAGCGUCUGACUCUCGACCGCCGCUUCAAGGCCUUCACCAAACCGGUCGACAUAGAGGAGGUCCCAGACUACCUGAUGGUAAUCAAGAAGCCCAUGGACUUCUCCACGCUGCUGACCAACAUUGACGAACACAAGUAUGUCACCGUCAACGAGUUCAUGUCAGACGCAGACCUCAUCUGGCAGAACGCCCUCGAGUACAACCCGGACAGCGACCCCAUGGAUCGUCAUAUCCGUCAUCGUGCGUGUGCUCUAAAGGACACAGUUCGAGCCAUCAUCAGAGACGAGCUGGACGAAGACUUUGAGAGAGUCUGCGAGGAGAUCAAAGAGUCUCAAAUCAAGAGAGCUUCUUCCUGCGUGGCUGAGGCCGACCCAGACCAGGCUGGUGGCUUCGGCAGUGCGGGUUUCACCAGGAACAGCCCCCGACCUCAACCUCGCAAGAAAAAGCGUUACAGACAGACCCGAAAAUCCAAGUGGAGCACCGGUGUCAUUAAGAAAACCAAGAAAAAGAAGCCGCCAGUACCUGCAUCGUCCGUCUCUUCCUCUAUGUCCUCCAAGGCCAGCUCAGAAUCAGGCCCAGAGGAAAACAGAGUGACCAACGGCUCUGCUGAUCCAAGCUCAUCCACCACGUCGGAGGGCAGCGACGGGGAGCAGAGCCAGCUGACAGUCACCAUGAAUGGGUAUCACCACAACAUAAAUGGUGUCGCAGGGAUCCGAAAUGGAGUCCUCAUGAAUGGGUACCACCAUCCUGAGCCACUUGACCCUCGGCCAGAUGACAGCAUGCCCACAGGGAAUCUGAACUUCAGGCAUCGAACCCAGACCCCAAAGACUCCCCCAGACCUGGAGACAAUGGUGAACGGGGUUUAUUUGAGCAGAUUAGGUCUGUAUGCCCAGGUUGGACCCCUAAUCCUGGCAGUGUGAGUGCUUUCCCUUACUAACUGGUCUUACCUGGACCGGGACUGAGCUAUGCUGCUGCAGCCUCAAAGCCCUGCAGAUGAAAGGUUUGUGAAACGGUUAGUGAAAGUAACGCUGCUGCUUCUGCAUCCACUGCUGCUGAACAGGCUUCAACAGGCCAAAGCUGAGCUGAGAACGGAACAGUUUCUCUGAUAUCUUAUCAAAGUUUUCUUCUCAAAAAAAAAUGUACAGCCUCAUGAUAAAAAAAUGCUUCACAAGAGAGUGAAGAGUUUUUCAUGUCAGUUGACCGUUGAAGACUUCAAAUGAAUUAUCAAAGCUGUCUUAAACUUCCAUCCAUGCCAUCAGUCUAUAAAAAUAAACUUCGACUCAGCCACUAAAGGGUCAACAGACACUGAUGUUAUCCAGACAUUUGAAAAGCACCGGUGCUUUCUCUUACAGUAUCUUGUGUCAAGGCCGGUUUAUGGUCUGAACCAGUUCUUAAGAUAUGCUGUCUGACCACAUCGGAAACCGACAGGUUUGAUACCAGAUCCGAACGGCUGUCAUAGUCACGCUAUCGUUUUCAGGCAGCCUCUCCAGGAAGACGUUCACGGCGCUGCACACGGUUGCUCUCUUAAAUGAAUUAAUCAUUUUUCAUAACUUAAUCCAUUCAUCCACGUUAUUCUGCUUGUGCGGUUCCAGGCCGCAUUCAUUUAAUUAAUGAUAUCAUUAGGAAUUCUUCUUAUACUGUAUCCUGCUGUAAAACGCGUAUUAAAGUACAUUCUGUGUAGGGUUGAAAAGCCCCCCCGCCCCAACGGUACAUGUACUGCAUGCAUCUCCCAGUAUGAGAACCACUGGCUCGACUAAUCUGUCCGAAAAGUUCAACCAUUUCUUCCUCAUCCUCCUCCUCUUCCUCCUCAGAAAAGCGUCACAAGCGUGAGAGGAGAGCCGGCGAG